ACGGGCCGGGUCCGGGCCGGCGCUCGGGCCGGGCUCUUCUCUGAGGUGGCGCACUGCCGUCCGUCCGUCCGUGGGGCGGGGACGCGGCGGCGGCAGCGGUGGCGGCUCCCUGUCCGCGGAGCCUAAGCGCUCAGGCCGGUCUCGGCGGCCGGGGGGCGGGCGGGGUUGGAGCGCCAUGUGGUUCAUGUACGUGCUGAGCUGGCUGUCGCUCUUCAUCCAGGUGGCCUUCAUCACGCUGGCCGUCGCGGCCGGACUCUAUUACCUGGCAGAACUGAUAGAAGAAUACACAGUGGUCACCAGCAGGAUCAUAAAAUACAUGAUCUGGUUCUCCACGGCUGUGCUGAUUGGCCUCUACAUCUUUGAGCACUUCCCCACCAGCAUGAUUGGCGUGGGUCUCUUCACCAACCUCGUCUACUUUGGCCUCCUCCAGACCUUCCCCUUCAUCAUGCUGACCUCGCCUAACUUCAUCCUGUCAUGUGGACUAGUGGUGGUGAAUCAUUACCUAGCGUUUCAGUUUUUUGCGGAAGAAUAUUAUCCUUUCUCAGAGGUCCUGGCCUAUUUCACUUUCUGCCUGUGGAUAAUCCCAUUUGCAUUCUUUGUGUCACUUUCGGCCGGGGAGAAUGUCCUGCCGUCUACCAUGCAGCCAGGAGAUGAUGUUGUCUCCAAUUACUUCACCAAAGGCAAGCGGGGCAAACGCUUAGGGAUCCUGGUUGUCUUCUCCUUCAUCAAAGAGGCCAUUCUACCCAGUCGUCAGAAGAUAUACUGACCCCCUUGGGGAGGGGAUAUGGGGGCAAGAUCAGGAGAGUCAUGCCCCUGGGCCUCUGUGCUAGGUGGGGGCUGAGAUCUGGGAAGGCAUCUUCUGCCAGACCUGGCUUUCCUUCCCUCAACUCUGAAGCCCCUUCCCCACCUUCCUCAGAGGGCUCAGUGUGGCUCAGAUCUGAUGCUGCUAGAGGCAGUAACCUCAGAGGGCACCAGGGAGGGUGGCAGAGCCUGCUUAGCCAGGAAGCUACAGUCCCCCGGGCCUCCCCUCCCUCUUCCAAGGUGGGUCAGGUGGUUCUGUGUCAGCUAGGGCAGGCAGGGCAGGGUCUAUGAAGCUGGAGAGCAGAGGGUAACAAGUUCUUUGGGCAGGCGGCUGUGGGGAGGGGCCAUGGCUUGGCAUGUCCAAGAGAAAUAGUUUUUGCUGUUGAACUGUGAUUUCUGUCCAAGUGCUGAUUCCCAUUUGAAUAAAGAUUCUAGGUGGCACUGUUUGCCUUAAUACCCUGACAGUUCAUCUUCCUUUCUUCCUGUCUACCUUCUGCCCUGGACUGGACUAGCUUUUCUGCUCCAGGGACUCCCUUUUUGGAUUUGGGUCUUAUCCUUUUGAAGGGACUGUUCUUGUGGCCCUUCGUGGGAAGAGGGCAGAGGUGAGGUGCUGAUCUGGUAAGGGAGUAGGGAGUGAGGUUAAAAGCAGCCUUUUUUAUGUUAUGCACCUCCCUUUUCUUCCAUCUCUUCUUUCCCUAAGGCUCUGUGACUAUCAAGCUGCGGGUAGGAGAGGGAACAGUUUAGGACUGUGUUAGAUUUUCAGAACAUCUAUGAUAUCCUAUUUAUAAAUCCUCCUCUGGGGAAAAGGCAUGGUUUCUGGCUGGAUACUGUCUCAAGCUAAGGAGAAAUGAAAUAAAAACUGGCUUGCCGCCAGCCUGGGCUCCAGCCUAUUUUUUAAGAAAUGGGGCUGAUGAAAGAAAGUGUCUGCCAUUCUAAAAGCAAGGUCUGGCCCUCUUUUCUGUGCACUUUUGGCUCCUGGGGAGAUGAUCUCUGCCUUCUAAGAAGGCAGGUUAGGUCUCAGGCACAGACCAUUUGUUGACCUUGCACUCCAACUACAGUGCCUUGCAAGUGCUCAACAGUACCUACUGGAAUGAAGUCCCCAUGAGAGCCUUCAAUGGCCAUGUUCUAUACCUCAAAGUGAGGCUGGCAGGUGCAGAGACAAACCGCAUACAUGUAGUACUAUGAAGCCACUGGGAAGACCCCUGUGCUUGAAAAUCCUCAAAUCUUCCCUUCAUGCCUGAAAUCCCACCAUAGCUGUUUAUUUCUUUGGCUUUACCACUUCUGCUCUCUUAAAAAUGCUAGCUUUCCCCUUUCCCUGGGCUGAGCAGCAUGUGUUGGUCUUCUCUUGAUGCAAAUGAGGUUGCAAGGCCCUUUUCUCUUUUGAAGACCAGGACGGCAAGGCAGAGGACGUUGAAGGCUAGUGUCAUCCUCUGGAUAGGCUGACAGCUGCAUGUACUCUCUCCUGUUGUCCAUGCUUUGUUCCUCAGCCUGAUAAUGUGGCUUUACCACCUCCAUUAAUUCUGCUGCCAUCGCUCUCCCAGGGGUUGCCAGUGGCCAUGUGCUAAAUCCAGCAGAUGGUUUUCAUAUCUUACUGGAUCUGGGCAGCAUGUGACAUGGGUGAUCACCUCCUGCUUCUUGAAUCUCACUUUCCUGGCACUUCUGUGGCUGGUUGUCCUCCUACCUCUCUGGCUGUUCCUUUCAGCCUCCUAUGCAGGCUUCUCCAUUCACCCCAUGCACAAUGGGGUGUCUCAGGGUUCUGUCAUGGGCUCCUUGGGGAAGCCCAUCCAUGCCAAUGGCUUCAAGGACUCUAUUAAGGAAUUGAGAGUUGAUCUCCAGCCCCAGCAUCCUUCGUACUUAUCCAAACCACAGUUCUGCUGCCUUCUGAGUGUACAGACAACUCAAGUUGGCCCAGGUGGCACUUGCUGUCAUUUGCAACCUUGCCUCUUUUGGAUACCUGCCUUGGCCCUAAGAUUACUCCAGAGCCAGACAGGAAACCUGCUUUCUAGUCCUGUUUUCUCUUUUUGUCCCCCACAUUCAAUCUAUAAAAACUAUCAAGUCUAUCUUCUUUAACCUCUGUCAAUUUGUGCCACUCCUGCUGUCAUCAGCUUUUACUUGGAUUAUAGCCUCUGCUUCUCUAUUCUACAGCUAGAGUUGUCUUUCUAAGAUGCAUAGUUGAUCAAGUCCAAACCCUGGUUUUAAACCUUCCAUGCCUCCCUACUUCCCUCAGGAUAAGGUCCAGACCCCUUGGCAUGGCUUGUGAGAAUCAUGGUGUCCUGAUUCCUGCUUGCCUCUCUGGUCUCAUCAUUUGCCUUCUUGUACUGUGGGUCUCAGCCUCCUGUAACCAGAGAUGCCAUGGCUCUCCUUUGCCACUUUGAGUCCCCUUUCUUCUGCUUUGCUACUUUGUCAAGUCUCAACUUAGAUUUUGCUACUUCUAAGGAGCUUUAAGUGUCUCCUCCCCACUCCCAACCCCACCCCAACACACCACACAGAUCAUAAUGGGCUUACUUGCCUGCUUUAUGGUCUGUCUCUCCGCUAGACUGUAAGCUCCUUGAGGGCAAGAACUAUCCUUGAAUUUUUGUAUUAACAGUGCCUGGCAUGGUGCCUGGCAUCUAUAAAGCACUCAAUAAAUGUUUGAUGAAUGAA